AUGAUCAAUUGUGAGCGUAUGUGUUGCAGCAGCCGUAGCAUUUUGGCACGAUGUGGUAACCAUGAUGUUUCGAAAAUGCAACCCGAUGCGUCCAGUUGGACCGACUUCUUGGACUGGUGCGAGGCCCAGGGCAUAGAAGCAGGUAGCCUGCAAGUGUGCAAAGAAGAUGGACGCGGCCGGUUUCUUCAGGCUUCCGCCAAGGUGGAGGCUGACCAACUUAUCAUGGUAGUGCCAGCGCAUGCCAUACUUGCAGAAGGGAUGGGAACGGCGACCUACCAGGCUUCUCACUGGAUGCUUGGGAUAGCCCACCGCUUGCUGGAGGAGGACUGUCUUGAAAAUUCAGCUUUUGCGCCAUAUGUACGGCUACUAAUGGAAGGUGAACCUCAUGAAUUCGACGCAAUGGCUGCCCUUCCGGGAUGUGUAGGGUCCUUGGCCAGAGAACGAAAAAAACUUCGCUGCGCACACGUGUCUGAACUGGUCCGUGCCAUGCCUGGUUGCGAUCCUGAGCGUGCAGCUCGAGCCCUGCACACGGUCGACACACGUACUGUGUAUUCUCAUCCCGCACGAGUACGAGCACUUGUUCCCCUUUUUGAUUUUGCAAACCACAGUGCGAACCCGAAUGCUCGGUGGAUCAUGGGCCCAGAUCGAGCGUUGAGGUUAUAUGCCACAAAGCCUGUUGACAUUGGAUGUGAGGUGACCAUCUCUUAUGACAACAUCUCGAAUGGGCGUUUGUUGGUGACUUACGGUUUCGUUCUGGAAGGCGAUGGCCCUCACAGGUGUGUAGACCUGAAUGUUGGACCACUGCCCGAACAGGAGACACCCCUGCUGCAGACGUGCGCAGUACAGCUGCAAGUUCUAGGGGGUGGCUGCUUGCGAAGACGUGCAGCUUUGUUGCCAGUCCUCAACAUGAUUCGUGGGCAUCAAGAGGGGGAAGUCUUGCUUGCAAUGCAUUUGCUUCAACAGGUGCAGGAUGAGCUGCUCGAGUGGGAAGCUGCAGCUGCAGGGCCUUUCCAAGAUGGCCGUUUCCAGGUCCUGUCCACGAUGACAGUCCAGGUGCUCGGGAGCUUUCGGGACAAGCUCAAGGCUUGGCUGAAGGAUCCAGAGAAGGUGCCACUGAUGAGUGCUUUGGGGCCAACUACUGAGGCAUUGAUCAGGGCAUCACUGUCGGUACGCAUCAACCUCCGCCAUGGUUUUCCUUCAUCGAUCAAAGCUCAGGUUCUUGAGAAAAGCUUGCCAUUUUUGAAGUUCUUUCCCUUGCCAGGAAGCUUCGAUGUUGGCGGUGACUUGACUUCGGGGAAUCUGGAAAGCACCAUGACCAACAAGCUGGCCCCGCGGUUGCAGAUCAUGGUGGUUCGGAUGGGCAUGCCAAUUCAGCUGUGCACACAGAAGCACGGUGAACUGAAAGGAGCGGCUAACCCCUCCGGGCUUUUCACUGGCGGGGGUGCCAAUGGUGAUGUCUUCUCCAACAUGUGGAGCGAAGCUACCAAGUACUUCAACUUGGUGUGCCUACCCUCCUGCAACGUCAACUUCGAUUCCGUGAACAGCAGCACGGAUUCUGCCAUUCGAGAAUGGACGUAUACCAUGUCUGAUGACAGUGAUAUGAAGCCUUUCUGGGAAGAUUUGAAGAGUUCCGGGCCAACCUAUAUUCGGGACACCAUCACCAGUCAAUUCAAAUUCAAGGCGCUUCCUUUGUCUAUGUGCCCCUACAAUGAAUCCAAGUGCAUACCAUUUCCUGGUGUUGAGUUUUCUGAGCUGUACUAUGGCUACUGCAGCUUUUCCAUGAGUGCUGACGUGGUGAAUGCCAUGGGUACUGAAGCCACAAAAGUCCUGGAGAGCACUGGCCUGGCAUCCUUCCAAGAUAGCUCCACGGAGACUUUGGGGAAGUGGAUGGGUGAUUUCGAGAAAUCUUUGCCUGCAUACAUUCUUGUUGCCUUUCUGAGCUUUCUCGUUGGCUUCAUUUUCAUGGUGCUCCUUCGCUUUCUGAUCGGGCCCUGCGUGUGGUUUGCAGUGUUUCUGGUGCUCCUCAUGCUGGCAGUUGGCGGUGCUCUAUGUUGGGUGCGCAGCAAGCAGUGUGCAGGUGCUGGCUUGUUUGAAACCGGCCAGCAGGUUGCUGUUGCAGUUACGGUGACAGCCACAACUGCCGCUAGCCAAGCCAUCUCUGGACAGUCAGUGAGUGAAGAGAUGACGGGAGAUGGGGCGGACUAUCGAGGUGUGCAGGGCCGAACAAAGAACGGGCUUCUGUGCGAAAAGUGGGGAGAAGGCAAUGCCGCUGCCUACACCACAGCUGCAUACCCCAACUCAGGCUGCCUGGACAACAAUUUCUGUCGCAAUCCUUACAAUCCCAGCGAUGUGAACAAAGCAGCGACCAUUUGGUGUUUCACCACUGAUACGAGCAUCAAGUGGCAAACUUGCACGCCGGUGGGAAUCAUUACUCCAGGUGCCUACCACACCUACGACGAGGCUGCUGGAACUGCCCUGAACAUUGCGAUUGGACAAUGCUUGAUUGCUGGAGCCGUGGGGGUAUGGUUCUUUACCAGCAAUUCUCAGAAAGGAACACGGCGAGUGAUUGCGCAAUCCACUUGGAAUGUCUUUCGCUACCAUUUGGGGUCUUUGGCAUUUGGUUCCUUUAUCAUUGCGGUGAUUCAGUUCAUCAGGGCUCUCAUGAAGUACUAUGAGAAGCAAGCCAAAGCAGUAAAGAACCGGGUGCUUGUUCUUGUCCUGAAAAUUUGUGGCUGCAUCAUCUGGUGCUUUGAAAAGUGCGUCAAGUUCCUGAACAAGAAUGCUUACAUCCAGAUUGCUUUGAUGGGAACCAACUUUUGCACAUCCGCUAAGAAAGCAUUCUUUUUGAUCUUGCGAAACAUGUUCCGGUUUGGAACUGUUGCGAUCCUUGGAGCCAUGAUCAAUGUUAUCGGAUUUCUUUUCAUCAUCGCUGUGAGUGUUGCACUGGGCUAUGUCAUCCUGACCGGGAUUUACCCUGAAGUUGCACCUGCUGUAAGCCUGGUCAUCUACGGCGUCACCGCUUACGUGGUUCAUGGCUCAGUUUCGAACGUCUUUGGCCUUGCAGUUGACACCACUUUGCAGUGCUUCCUCGCUUGUGAGGAAAUGGACCUUCAGGGUGACUUUGUACCCUCUUCCAUGGGCAGAUGGUUGGACAAGUCCAAGCCGAUAGGUGGUGAUGAGGAUGACGACUGA